CGAAACGUAAACAAGUGAAUUUCCAAAAAUCUUUUGGAAUUGUGUCCUUUUUUAAAAAAAUUAGCAAUGGGAAAAUCUCGAACGGGCCUAGCGGCCACGGUGCUUGCUUUAACAGGAGGAUUUUUCAUUCUCCUUGCGUUUGUGACACCUAACUGGCUCGUUUCAGAUGGAAAGUUGGAGAAACCGAAGUUUACAAACAUGGGAUUAUGGAUGAUUUGCAUGAGCGGGUACGAGGAUCCACGACAUUUCCACGAUGUUAAAUUUUAUGGCUGCUGGUUUCUCUUCGAAGAAGAAUAUUAUAUAAUCGAUGAGUUUCUGUUUCCUAGCUUUUUCAUUGCCACGGAAUUUUUCUUCAUGGUAUGUUUUGUCCUUGCAUUCAUCGCAAAUUUGCUGGUCACUACUUACAUGUGUUGCAGUAGACAUCAUGACAAGUAUAUCUUCCUGCUUCGUAUAACUGGCGGAAACCUUUUAGCCUCAGCUUUUGCGGGAACUAUUGCGCUAAUUUUAUUCGGACUCUAUGGCGAUGGUCGUGACUGGAUGCCCAACUGGGAACACAACAAUAUCGGGUGGUCUUACGCAGUGGCUGUUAUCGGAAUUAUUGAAACCUACCUGGCUGGCUUCCUCUUCACCAUUGAAAGUCGGGUGCACAGCAUAAAGCGAAGGAAAAGGCAGCAGGCCCAUUCGGAUUAUGAUUUGCAGAUGCAGAAACCAUCUGAACAUUCCGACGUCUAAUGUAAAUUAAUUAAAGCUUACGAACACUUAUUAGGUUUAGAUUUUAGCUGUAGUUUUAUUGACUCCACCAAUGGAAAGCAACGAAUCUCUUCUCCGUAAAAAAUCAGUAGCAAUGACAACCUUCUGUGGGAAAUAACUUAAAAACAGCUGUUUAUGCUCUUUCGUUGUUAUCUAGUUUCUGAUUAAGGUUUUUUGAAUUUAAGAAAAGCAAGCUUUCUCUACUUUCCUGCCAUUCUAGUUUUAUUCUGCUAUUUUUCUAUUCUUUUAAGAUUUUGACAAAAUAUUUAACUGAAAAAGUUGGAAAAUUUUUCAUGGACUUAUUUGACCAAAAGAAAACUGAGAAAUCUUUUUUAAAUUGAGCGCUGAAGAUAAUGUUAAUGACUCUAAUAAUUUUUGUGCGUGAACAAUGAAAAGUUUGCCAUCUCAUUGAACUCAUGAGAAUAGAAGGGCCUCAGAAGGCUCAUUUUUAAAGUGUCAUCUUUAAACUGUGCAUAAAUCACAAAAUGAAUUUCAGGCGAAACUCGGGGAAGGAUUUAAAGCUUGAAUUCAAUGAUUUGAUGCUGUUGGUACCUUCUUUAGAAAACUUGAAGAAAACUUCAAAGAAAUAUUUAAGUCCUAGAUCAGAAAUUAGGACAAAAGUUGUGUAGACAAGAAACCACGGAGGGAAAAUGAAAUCUCAUUCAGGCCUUGGCUUUCACUGCUUAGCCUAUCUUACUCAAUUGACCUGUGAUUUCAUUGUAUGUAGCACCAGUCUUCAAUAUUUACUUUGAUUCAAAAAUAAGAAGCCUUCCUUCAUUUUCAUACUUUUUUGUUUCAACAUGAGCUUUUACGCUAUUUUAAGUUAUUUCAGAUACUAGCAUUUUAUCACUGCUAAUGUUAUUGUUCUUUCUUUUGAGGUCCAUGUGUACAUGUAUUCACUUUACUUGGAUUUUCGUCUGUGACGUGACAUAGGAAUGCUUGUUCAUUAAGCUCUGGAGUUUGUUAUUUAUUUUAUUUUUUUUUCUUUUUGCAGUGUAAUUAGAAUUACAAUUGAGAGUCGGAGCAUAUAUGAUUCCAUCUCGCAAUUUCUUAUUCUUGCAUCGGGAGCAGAAUUGUAUUUUUUUUCUUUUUUGCCGUAUGAAGAUGGAAUUCUCAUCAUAAGGCUCAAAUUAUUUUUCUUUGACUUGGGAUGAAUUCAGGGUGAAUAGUCCUGUGUAUUGCUCCCACUUCAAUAUAUGACUAAUAACGAGUUUCACUCGAAUUAUUUUAAAAAAAUCAAAUUGACAGGAGAAAGGAGAUAGAUCUAUUCCUCGAGAGUUCAUGGUCAAAUUUUAAAGCUAAGUAGUCCUGAAUUUAAGUCAAAAGAGGGGCCCAAAAAAAUUUCAUCAAUCAAUUUUUUAUUGUUAAUCUCUAGAACUUUUAGGUCGUAUCUAUUUUCAAACUAAUUAACUUCACAAUUCAACUCUCUACACUUGCGGCAAAAAUAUACCUUUUGUUGACCUGACUUUUGGAAAAUAGCUGGAAUGAAACUCAUAAUGAGUCGUGAACCAAAGUCGUAUCAAUAUACAGAACUUCUCUUACCUUGGAUUCAUGUUAAUCAGCAUCAUGACACGAAGGAUGUGAUCUAUGGAUCGAUUUGGUAACUGCCGAGACCUUGACAGUCUAAUGUCAAUAGGUCUUGUUAAUUUUGUUUCAAAAAACAUUUCUGUGAAGUGAAUCAAAAACGAUUCUUAAAAUAACAACUAAAGUUACUCUGAAAUCAUAUGUAUUUAACAGACUCUUAGAGCGUGAGGAAAUGUUUCUUGGAUGCCAUUGCUCAAAAUAACAUAACAUAUUUUUGAUAAACUCCUAAGUAGCCAUAUUCUUCAUAAGAAAGAACCGAAGCGUAAGCUGACUUCAUAUACAGUCUAUAUCAUGUAUUUUGUGAAGUUCAUAGUUCAGGGAAACGGUUCCCAUUUUUAAGAUUUUCUGUUCUCUGAUUGAAGUAGAUAGAUAGAUAGUCAGUAGCGUGGCGUGAAUUGCCAUGUAUCGAUCGUUUAGCCAUUUAAAACUAUGGUAAACCUCACAAUUCUUUAACGAUGCAAAUUAUUGUUGAUUGCCUAAGAGCUGCACUCAUGCUUCAUUUGAAUUCAACAGCAUCUAUCCUAAAUUGUUUUCUUCUAGCUAGUGCCUUUUCAUCCACCUAAAUGCCUUUCAGUCAGUGGAAACCGUUUCAUUGAAAAUAUGCAUGAUUAUUUCAUAAGUUCUCUCUUUUAAAAAGAGAGACAAGUAAGUUAAUUCCUCUCAGUAAAAAAAUUUCCUUUUACAGAGUGAUUAUAUUCAUUGUUAUUUUAUUCUGGCAAAUAUCUUGCUUAUUAGAGAGUAUUUUACGAAACUAAGUACAAAGUUUUUUUUUGGAAUUCACUCGCACAAUUUCAAUAUUAUCUACAAGUCAAGCUUUCACACCUCUUCCACUUUUUACAUUUUUUGUCUUUCUAUCUAUUUUUAACCAUCAAAUAGGCCUGUCAAUCUGGUAUUAUACAUAAGCGUAGAAAAUUUUAACUUGGUCCUUAUUAGUAAUGCAAAGUCCGUCCUUUUAAUUGUAGUUAUGUACGAAUUAUUAAUGUUGCUACAUGUUAUAAUUUUUUACUCCAAAAGACCUCUCAUAUGAAUGCUCUGGACCAUACAUUGUUCUACUUCAUAUAUGAAGUUUGAGCCUUUUCUAGAGUUGCGAAUUGUCCGUCCGCUUUUGUUGUAAGUGUUCUCUUUUUCAUUUGUUCUCUGAUUUCUAGUUUCCAUGACUAGCAAACUAAUCAAAGCAUUUUUCUUGUCUGAAUGUUAUGAAUCUCACCAUGGUUAAUUAAAUAUGUAACCACUUGGGUCUGCGAGGUUAAUACUCUUUUUAUAUUUAUUCCGUCCAAACAAUGGCAAAAAAUAAGCCACUUUUUUGCCUCACUGUACGUUUGGUUUUGCUUUCAUCAAUUAUUGAUCAGGUCAGUAUCCUUCGGAGAAAUAUGCGAGAGAGAGAAGUGAAAUCCUUCCUCUUUAAGCUCUCAGAAAGUGCCACUAUUGCUUUCCUACAAAGGAACAAAUGAAAACAACAUAUCUUCUUGUUUUACUCUAUUUUAAAAUACUUUUAAUUAAUUAGAAUGUUUAGAAUCAUCUGUGUAAAUUAAUAUGUGCUCUCGCUAUGUACAAAGCUGAUGUAGUGCACAUUGAAGCCAAAACCGCUCUUUUUUAUUGUCAAGUUUCAAUGUUUGCACGCUGGAAAACUAGUAUUAAGAUCUGAAUAUCUUCCAAGACUGUAUUUCUUCUAGUGUUAGGAUGUGCCUCAUCAAUGGGUUGAAAUAACGAUUUCAUUCAUCUUUAUCCGCUGUUGAGAAACAAUCCUUUAGACCUUCACUUCUUAUUUUGAUUUUCUUUUUUUUAGGUCAGGUCUCUAUCAAUUUUUAUGAUCUAUCUCAGACAAUUUAAAAUGAAUUUUAUUUUCUCUCAUCUGAUUCCAUAGUACUGCAGAUACAUUGUUUCUUCUCUCUUGUCCAUUCCUCUUUUCUUUUCCUAUCUUCUUCAAGCAAUGAAAUAAAGUUAAUCAUCAAGAAUCAUAGUCUUGGAAUCUACAAGUUACUGUGAUCUAUGUAUUUGAGUGCUAUCGCGCUUCUUCAGUCCAAAUCCGCCCAACUUUUCCUUUCUUUAGUUGUAAGUAGGUUUGUAAGCAUGGAAUUGUAUAUAGCUGAACUAUUGAUUUGUAUUUUGAUCUUUUUUCCAUAAUUUAUUUUUUUACUCAAUGAUCUGUUUUAUUUGUUAGGUUACUCACUAUUGUUUUUUUUAUUGAUUACCUACCUUAAACCAUGUUCCCAAUUAGCCAUAUUAGCUUCAUUUAUUUGGAGAGUUUGCAACCAAACUUUGUAUCUGUCUCAAACGCAAAGACAACUUUUCCCAUCGAUGAGCUACUUACUAGACUAAUAGGCGAGAUCUGAACCUUUCUCAGAAGAUUCCUGAAAGUCUCUCCAAAACAUCAAAUCUCAUAUUUCAUCAAACUCUUUUAAGAACCAGGCUCAGCUAUCCUUGGUCUAAGAUUCUCCUUUAAUUGCAAUUCUGGAUGUAGUAUGGAUCAGUGUAAGCUUCUAUUGCUUUUUGGGCACGUGUUUAUGUUUUACUUCAUUUAAGUUUAGUACCUAGGAAGUUAAGUACACCUGGAAAUAGUUGAAGGGGGAAAUAAUCAGUAUUUUUGUUUGAGUAAUAGCAAAUGAACUCAUUGUCGUUUCCUGCUCGAAGGAACGUACCUUGUCAGCACUGCUUCAGUAUUUCUACAAAAAUUUUAUUUUUCAGUUAGAGAUCCGUCGAGCGAAUUUGUUUGAUAAUUUUCGAGUGUUCUCUAACAAUUGUAAGGAAAAAUCAAUAACAAUUUUAGGUCAAUUCAUAUAUCAGUUCUUCUGUUAAAAAAUAAAAAUUCAUGCCACGGUUUUUCUUUAAAAAAAUAAAAUGUCAUUAAGGAAUGGUGAAACAGUGCAAUUCAGAUACCUUCCUUUGUGUAGAAUAUGACGUCAUGUGGAUGACUCAAAUUAUUUUUACUUACUUAAUUACGUCCUUGUUUUUUUCUCUUACUGAUGUCCAAAUCUUGCAAUUGACCGUCCAUGCAAUCCAUCCUUAAUAUAUCCACUAAAAAUCUUGCUACGCCGAAUAUAGGUAUAGUUUCACAAAUUUAAUACAAGAUUGUAUAUUUCGUUGUGCCUUAACUAUAUUCUUGUACGUAUUUUAUGACUUCAACUCCGCACAGAUUUUCCUCUUUUUUUUUUAAAUUUUACCCUCUAUUCAAUUUUUGUUCAUAGUUGAAAAAUGCAUCUAUUACAAUAAAUGUUAAAACCUGA